GAUGCUGCGCGCAGGAGUACCAGCUGGGGAGCUCCCCGGGACCGGAGAAGUCCACACCGGGACAACCAUCAUGGCAGUGGAGUUUGAUGGUGGCGUCGUGGUGGGUUCUGAUUCCCGAGUAUCUGCAGGAGAGGCAGUAGUGAACCGAGUGUUUGACAAGCUGGCCCCUCUACACCAACACAUCUACUGUGCACUCUCUGGGUCAGCUGCUGAUGCCCAGGCUGUGGCAGACAUGGCCGCCUACCAGUUGGAGCUCCAUGGGAUGGAACUAGAAGAAUCUCCUCUUGUUCUGGCUGCUGCCCACAUAGUGAAGAAUAUAACCUAUAAAUAUCGAGAAGACCUUUCUGCACAUCUCAUGGUAGCUGGUUGGGACCAACGUGAAGGGGGCCAAGUGUACGGAACCCUGGGAGGAAUGCUGACUCGACAGCCCUUUGCCAUUGGUGGCUCCGGCAGCACCUAUAUUUACGGUUAUGUGGAUGCAGCAUAUAAACCAGGCAUGUCCCCUGAGGAGUGCAGGCGUUUCACCACAGAUGCUAUUGCGCUAGCCAUGAGCCGGGAUGGCUCUAGUGGGGGAGUCAUCUACCUGGUCACUAUCACAGCUGCUGGUGUGGAUCAUCGAGUAAUCUUGGGCAAUGAGCUGCCGAAAUUCUAUGAUGAGUGAAUCUUCUUCAGACUCCCCUUCAAUAUUUUGUAAUAAACUCU